AUGCCGGACACCGGCCCUGAAGCCUCGGUGGCUUUUGCAGAUUGGCUGUAUGAAGUGGAACAGGCCAUUGGCAGCUUGUCAGAUAAGGCCUCGACAUGGUUUGCCGCUUGCCUGGAGGUGGCCCAACGGGCUUACGCAGAGUACUCGCUGGCAUCUCCUCUGAACAGACUGGCUAUGAAACCUGUCAUUCCUGACACUUUGAGGGAUGAAAAAUGGGCCAGACUUGAGAGGCGAGUGAUGACGCUUCUUCUUGGAGCCAUGAGGAGACCAGCGAAGGAAGAUGCAAUUACGCAUCGCAUCUUGGACGUUCCCUCGCUGCUGUUCAGACUUCAUGUUCUUUACCAGCCUGGCGGAGUUUCAGAGAGAGCAGCGGUCUUGAAACACCUUGCAGGUAGCUUUCCGGAGGUCAAGUUCUGGGUGGACCUUACCAAGAAUGAGCUCCAGCUUCAAGGUCGGCCGACUCUGGAAGCAGUACUCCGUUUUUACACCCACGUCUUAGCAGAGCUUCAGAUGAUUGCACCAGACAUUCUUGCGCCAUCUUGCUACACCCUGUCCCUGGAUGUGUGUGGACCGUUCCGGAAGAAAGGGGAAUAUGGUGGCUCUAAAGGCUUCAGGUAUGCUCUGGUUGGAACGUACCUGAUGCCCAAACUUGAUGGCUACAAGGAUGUCCCAAUUCCCGAGAAUCCAGAUCUGGAACCUGAAGAAGCCUUCCCUGAAGAAGACUUCCUUGACGAGCAUGGGCCUCCUGAUCCUCCUAUAGAUCUUCAGGACCAAGCUGACAUUGACAAGUCCAACGAGAGGUUCCAGGCCUUGUAUAAGGAGAUUGGCGACACCAUGGAGUACCAAACCCUCCACGAUGCAAUCCCCCUUAAGUCCCGGUUGACUCCGGAAAUUGAGCAGGCAGUCAAGCAGAUCUACCUCCAGAUACGUUCUGAAGGGCUUCCCGUCACUCGUGUUCAUUCUGAUCGUGCGCGAGAGCUAAGAGGGUUCAAGGGUGUGGUGCCUUUUGGAUCCCCAGUGUUGGUUAAGAGCAAGGUGUACGGGACUGGCGGCAAGUUCGAUCUUGAUGAACGAUGGCCCAACGCGGAGGAUCCGGAUGCUUUCGUACCGUUGGCCCCAGUGGAGGCUACCUUUCCUGUUGUUCCUGAAGAAGACCUCCCAGAUCCCCCUGAAGUUCCCUUAGACCAUGAAGAUCCAUCAGGGCGUGACGGAGGGCAUAUGGAUGCGGCUGGAGUGUGGACAGAUGAGGAGGCACCUAUGGUGGGGUUCUUCGGAAAGGGUUUCCCGCAGAUCAUGAUGUAUAAGGUAUCAGGAGACCUUUUAGAUCCCGCUGAAGUUCCAUUAGACCAUGAAGAUCCAUCAGGGCGUGACGCGGGCUGUGUGGCUGUUAGAGCCUUAAAGCCAUUGACAGAACCGGAGCGCAGGGCGGAGGAGUUAGCAGAAUCGUAUCUCAAGGCCGGGGUCAUGGGCACCGUUUUGGUUUUGCAGCUGGUCAAGACCCUUGAAGAGGCGCAGCAGAUCUUCUCAAGGGCAUCGCGUCGACGGCCACUGGGUAAGGCAACGAGCUGGGCGACUGGAGCGUUUACUCAUGGGGGUGUCUCUGGACUCCGUGAUGGAGCAAAGCGUUUGCCCAAUGUCACAAAGUUCCUGGCUAAGUUUGCGCGAGAGGUCAUGGGAGUUGAGCAGUUUGCCUCAGUGGCUCUUCAGAGAAAUGGUGGAGGGCGAGCUCAUCGUGACUUUCAUAAUCGUCCAGGUUCACGAAACUGGCUGUGUCCUUUGACUUCCUUUCAAGAUGGUGGGUUGUGGACAGAGCUUGAGGAUGAAGAGGCUUCAAAGUUCGAGGGCGACACGGUGUCUAAGGAGGUCAAGCCGGGUGUGGAGAUCAAGGGCAAGAUCAUUAAAACGGAGAAGGGCAAGACUUUCUCUUUUGAUCCCAUGAAAUGGCAUGAAGUUCAGCCCCAUCAUGGAGAAAGGGUCAUGAUGAUUGCGCACACACCUAGGCUCUCGAACCUGAGCGAGAAGGAGUUUGAGCACCUCAAGGACUUGGGCUUUCUUCCUUUUGGCAAAGAAGAGAACGACGUCAAACAAGGCGAAGACAAGUAUGGGCUGCUUCUUGAGGAGGAGAAGCUGUUGGCGGAAGACUUGCGGCAGGCUGGCAGCUUGGUUGAGGAGGAGGCCGAGCGAGUGCAAAAUUGCAUCACCCAGAUGUGUGAAAGGGCGGCCCAGAGAUUGUCUGCAUGUGAUCGUGCGGUGCUGAAGGUGUGCCUGAAGGCUGCAGUCGAAUCCAAUGAGCCUGACUAUGAGCGGCUUCUCGAGCUCCUGGAGGGGGACCUUCAAGUCGUGCAUACAGUUCCAUUGCAGCAAGUCAGGCCUGUGGUGAACAGAUGGCAUGCUGCUAUAUGCAAGGAGCUGAACAAUCUGAUCAGGGGUGGAACCUUGGAGGAGAUAAGUCGAGAAGAGGCUAGACGUCUCGAACGGCAAGGAGUCCUCAGACUUGUACCGAGCAAGGGCGUAUAUACCCUGAAACCUCCUGGCGGCGAAGACAAAAAAUACAAGCGGAAGUUCCGCUUAGUAUUGCGCGGCAACUUUGCCGCGCCCGAAGAACAGUUCGGCUCGUUGUAUGCUGGGGGUGCCUCAGCUGAAGCGUUCAGGACGGUUUUGGUGGUGGCAGCCCAGAGAAAGUGGCAGGGUGCCACGGCUGACAUUACUGGGGCAUUCCUUCUCGCGCCUUGGCCCGAGCACUUACACCGCUACGCGGUAGUACCGCCAAGACUCCUCAUCGAAAACAACUACAUUUCUGAAGAAGCUUACUGGCUUGUUCGGAGGCCGUUGUACGGCCUUCGUGAGUCACCUGCCAUCUGGGCGGCCUACCGCUCUAGGAGGCUUUCGCAGGCCCGCAUUCAGUACAAGGACAAGCAUUUGGUCCUAAGAGCGUCGAAAGUUGACCCAGAGCUUUGGCUCAUUGCCUUCGAGGACGAGGAGAGUUUGGUGGGAUGUAUCAUUACUUAUGUAGAUGAUUUGUUCUACCUCUCAGAGAGCGAGAUCGUCGCUACGGUCCAUGCUUGGGUUGUUGAGGAGUGGCCAUGUAGUGCUCUAGAAUGGGCCUCUUCUCCUGGUGGCACACGAUAUCUUGGCAUGGAGGUUUUUCAAAGAUCUUCUGGAGCCUUCGAGAUUCACCAGAGAGAGUAUAUCCUUGACCUCCUUCGCUCGCAUGGCAUGCAAGAUGCUCCUGGAACUCUUCUCCCUUGUCCAAAGGAAUGGGUUGCCGACGAUAUCUCAGGAGACCCUGAGGAUUUUAGUGAGUCAGAGCUUCGUUUUGGCCAGCGUAUGGUUGGAGAGCAGUUGUGGCUGACUAUGAGGCGUCGUCCGGAUCUUCAGUUUGUGGUUGUGCACAUGGCCCAAUGGGUAGCGAAACAUCCAAGGAGGGUGACUCGCAUUGCCAAACGCGUGCUUUCCUACUUAGUGUCGACCUUGAACCUCAAGCUUGUUCUUGGAGAAGGGCAUGUCAGCAGCAGCAGCAGCAGCAGCAGCAGCAGCGCACCAGCAACAGCAGUUGAUACAGCAGAGGUUGUUUUAGUAGGUUAUAGUGAUUCCAGCUUUGCUCCUUAUGGUGAAAGGUCGUAUGGUGCCUCUGUGGUAACUGUGAACGGUGGGCCAGUUGCUUGGAAGGCUGGUAAGCAGGCGAUGACAACCCUUUCGACAAUGGAAAGCGAGUUGCUUGAGGCAACUAAUGCUGCUACUCUCCUGGAGUGUAUUGGCUGCCUUGUAGAUGAGAUUUGCGGAAGGCGGAUUCCCCGUCAGCUGCGCGUAGACAACAGUGCAGCAACGGCCAUGCUUUGUGGUGGAGCUGGGUCUUGGAGAACCAGACACUUGCGUGUACGUUGUUCUUUCAUUCGUGAACAGGUUCAACGCGGCCUGCUGGAAGUGAGUCAUGUGGAAGGACGCAGUCAGUUGGCUGAUUUGUCUACAAGAAUGCAUCCCAGAGUACGCCUUCUUGAUCUUCUGCAGCAGUGGGGUUUUGAGGGUUUCUCAGAAAACAUGGUUCAGCUCCAAGCGCUACAUGUGGUUGUGCUCAGCUGUAUGGUGUUGGCUCUGGAUCGACUUCCAGGUGCAGAAGCGGCAGAUUCAGAUAAAGACAAAGGCAAGGAUCUUUUGCCUGCUUCUGGAAUGGAUGAGCUGCUUAUGGUAUCUGGCAUAGUGGCUUUGGUAGCUGUCGUAUGGGAGCUUGUCAAGUCUUUUUGCGGUUGGUUGAAGCGCUCUACGAGAAGAGAGUCGAAGCUUCAGCGCCUGCGAGAAAUGGCUAAGCAUACAGUUGAAGCAGAGAUUGCCAAGUAUGAAGCUGCGAGAACUUUAGACCCUGCGGAAGUACAGAGACUUGUACAACAAGCCCUGGCAGCAGCAGUAGCUCCUCCGGUCGACAGAGCACCUCUUCAGGUUCCUGUUCAAGAACUGAAUCGAGAAGCAUCUCUUGGCGGUUUCGGUGAAGUAGCUUCAGGGUCAGGACAAAGGCAAGGUGAAGCCUCGCGGCUGACCCCAGAAGCUCAGUCAACCCCAAGGUCUCGGUUUGCCAGUGUCUCGAGCCUGCUGGCUUCGCCGGGAGCAUCAAGUGAGGCCUCAAGCCAUGGAGGAGAUGAACAAGAACGUCUCCGCGUUUGCAAGGAUGUACUUAUGCUGAUGACCUGCGAUAGCUUGAGAAGUGGCCUUCGUGAUGAAGGCAUGACGACCACGGGUUUGAAGGACGUAUUGGCUAGGCGGCUUGCAGAUCGGCUUAAUGUGCCGAGAGGUGAAGCGGUUGCCCCAUCAACCAGACAGCUCAAGUUUGUGUUGUGGUUGUUCAAAAACAAGCCACUUCGUUGUCGCUGUAACCUUCAGUGGUUGGACAUUUCGACAAAGCACGCAGUUACAGCCUGGUUAGCCAGGUGGAAAGACGCUUGA